CGAUUCUACCGCAAGUCAACGGAGCACUGAUUGCUGUUAUCACCGACCAGGUUUCCGGGGUGCAGUGUGUCGUCAGAAUGUCUCUUGAUGAAGAAAGCUUGGAGACGGCCGCCAAUGGCGGCUUAAUGGAUUUCGAGAAAUGGGCUGGCAUGGUUGAACCUCUGCUUGAGCGGUUGGAAUAUAUCGUUUACAAUGCUUUUCCUAUGCCCAAGGCGACCCCCGAGGAAACCUCGUCCUUUGUUCCUACUCAGCCGUCUUCCUUCCCCUCGUCCUCGCAACCGCAAGACUCCCACACCGUGCCCUCGAGUAGCAAUAAAGAAAACGCUUCCCCGGCGGAUUUGCAGACACCUCCACGUCCUACAGCAUCCUCUGCAACAGCUCCCUCGUCUUCGAGUGAACGUGUACCGGACUCCCAACCUCAGUCGUUUGCAGGCCCUACGAAUGAGAUACUCCCCGCUCCGCUUCAGUUGCUGCUAGACUCGAUUAGAUCGACCCUGAAGACAUUUUUUACUUCCAAACCACCACAUACAAUCCAGAGAUUUGCAGAGCUUAUCCUUCGACCGAAUGCGCACUACCGAACCUUGCCUGCCUACCUGCGAGCUCUUGACCGGGUCAUUUCCGUCACCAGCAGCGCGGAGGUCUUUCCUCUACAGACGCAAACAAGCAGCAACCAGCCCAACGGUAUCUUGAACGGUGGGUCUAGUAGCUUCAUGCUCCCAGAUCACUCCCUAGGAAGUGAUGAGUCGUUGGGUGGUGCCCUCCUCACUCCAAUCCCCUGGCUGAGUAAUGCCACUAUUGAUGUAGAUGACGGUGUACCCUUGGAUGAAGACAAUGAACCUAUGCCUAUUGUUCCGCAAGAGCAAGAGCAACAGACGCAGGAACCACAAGCACAAGAGGAAGACACCGCCGGCUUUGCUACCCAACAAACACCAGCCAAUACCGAGUCAACAAUAGCUGUUGAGAAUGAAGCGCUAGGAGCCAAUGUCACUUCUCCGCCAGCCGACACUGAAGAAGUACCCCACGCUCGCGGCCCGCCAGUAGUAGGCGUGGAAGACAUGGGCCUUCAGGAUGGUAAGGGUGUCGAAAUGGCACUUUCGAGCGAAGAGGGCGCAGCUUCCAACGAUGCGACCGCUGCUCAGGAAGGUCAACAAACCAAUCAAUCCGCGCAAGGGAACGAUUACUCAAAUCCAAAUGCUGAUGGCGACGGUGAUAUUCUCCUGGGAGAUGUCAAAGGUGGGACAGAAGAUAGCCAUGCUGAGUCCUCCAGUGCAACGGAUAAACCCCAGGGGUCAGAAACAGCAACCGAUAAGCAGGGUGCUUAAACCCAAUCAUUAGUCGUUUUUUUGUUUACAUUGUUUCAUGAUUGAUGAUCAGGGAAUAUAUGAGUAUCAGAAAUAUGUUUGUUUUCUAUUAAUGACCAAUGACAUGACACCUCUCUACAGCUUUUGCAUUUCUUGGAUAGCGUAAGCUAUCUAUAUCAUCGCCUUGAUUAAUUAUGAAUGCAUCGUUGAAUACUAGUACUACGAGUGAAUUCUUGUUUGGCAAAAGAUUUUAUAACAUUUGUUUCAUA